GCGCCCCCUCCUUCUCUCCGAGCUCGUGCUCCUGCAGUAGUGUGGUGGUGUUUGGAGGCGUCGGAACAUGCCGGAAGGUCCGUCUGGAGCUGCCGAAGUGUCCCGGAAAAGAGGUGCCGACCCGGGCCUGCUAUUUAAGCACGUCCCGGAGAGGAAGAGGGCCUGUUGGGGAAUUCUGACAAGCCAAGGGUCCUGGGCAGAUCGUUCUCCCCUCCAUGAAGCAGCUUCUCAGGGUCGGCUGCUGGCCCUGCGCACUCUGCUGGCCCAGGGCUACCACGCCAACAUUGUCACCAUUGAUCAUGUAACUCCUCUUCAUGAAGCCUGUCUGUCAGGACAUGUUGCAUGUGUCAGAGCAUUAAUAAAUGCUGGAGCUAAUGUGAAUGCUGCUACCAUUGAUGGCAUCACUCCUCUGUACAACUGCUGUGCCUCUGGGAGCGUUGGUUGUAUGGAACUACUCCUGCAGAGUGGAGCGCACAGGCGUGCACCUCACACACACUUCCCCUCGGCUUUGCAUGAAGCCUGCAAGAGAGGAAAUAGCCAGUGUGUGGAGUCCCUGCUGUCUCAUGGAGCAGAUCCAGAUGAUGAAGUAUCCCACUUGGGCUCUCCUCUGUAUGUGAGCUGCCUGCACCGACACACCGCCUGCUCAAAGAUUCUGCUGCACAGAGGAGCAGAUGUGAGUGUAGGGAGAGGAUGUGACAGCCCUCUGCAUGCAGCUGUCAGACAGGACAGUGCAGAUCAGGUGUCACUGUUGCUGGACUACGGGGCUAAUAUUAACUUGCGAGACAGUAACAAUCAGCGGCCAGUGGAGCUAGCACCUCCUGGUGGAAAAACACAACAGCUCCUGCUGGCAUUUGAAGUGUCUCCAAGGAGUCUCUGCCAGCUGUGUCGUCUUCGCAUCAGAAAUCUGAUUGGGCGAUCCAGAUUGAAGCUGCUCCCUCUGCUUCCUCUCCCUGCCCUGCUCACUCACUAUCUGGAGCAUAUAAGUAAUGAGCAAUGAUGGGCACACAUGUGCAAGCCUUUACGUUUGGCUGUACUGAGCCUUGUAUCAACCUCUUUUCGUGCUAACAUAUCACUGUAUGAUGGAGUUUGGUUACUCAGAAUUCACAGAUGUUCUGCUGCAUGCUGUGAUCUGCAGAAUAAAUUGCUUUUGUAUUGACAUAAUCAAUAAUUUCUAUUUUCAAUAGGAGUUUAUGAUUUUUAUGAUUACAUGAUGAUGACAGUUUUUCCUGAGUUUGAACUCAGUGUUUAAGCACAGUUUGAAAUGCUUUUUGUUCUUUCCCAGCACCAUGCUCUUAAUGUUGUUAUCACCUGAUAAAGUGUGGCUACUAUUUGUUUUGCUAGUCUUAUGAAGUCACAUUUUGUAGGUUUUCUCAUGGUUUUUUUCCCUCAUUAUUAUCUCGGUAAUGGAGAAUCUUCACUAGCUGACUGUGUUGGCAAUUGUGCCGUAAUCCUAGAGGAGCCUUGGAGGACACAACAGGGUUUCAGAGCUGGAGAUGAAAGAAAUAAAAACCGCCUGUUUCAGCCGUCAUCGUGGGAAGUGGGAGAUGAUAGGACAGUGAGAUGGAUGAGCCAGAAGGAACAGUGACUAGAAUGAUGUAUUUCAUGGAAAUGUUGCCACAUUCACACUUCCUGGACCACAGUGAGCUGGUGCCUGGCUUCAGGACUGAAUGCUGAACUGUCCUCAGUCACUGCUGUUACUGUUUGGAGAGUCCUCUGACACAGAGCUCAUCCCGAUGCCUCCGACUGCAGUGAAUACAUGUGUAUAGUAAUACUGGGUAACCCCGAGCACCCAGUGCAAAGCUUACUUGGUCUGUGUUUAUGCUCUGCUGUUACAAGGCACGUACCACAUCCUAUUACAAUACCUGCAUUUAUUUGUUAGAGUUUAGCGUCUUAUUGUAAUAUAUUUAAUUUUUAACAAGCAAACCCUUCACCUUUUAAUAAGCUAUUUAACAGAACUUCUUGUGAUAUUGUAUUUAUUUUAUUGAGCACUGUAAUACAAUCAUUUUGCAACUUUUGGUCUUAAUAAAGC